AUGACUCACCAGGUCCCAUUCAGACAACCAGCAAUCACCGUACCACUCAACUGGUCAUUCGCUGGAGCACAACAACCCAACAACAACAACAACAGCAGCAGCAACAGUAUCAACUUACUCAGGAAGGAACAACCUCAAACUUACAACUCAUCCUUCAACAAGUCUCGCAAACGAUCUGCCUCAAACGAAUUCAAUCCUGCCGAACAACCUACCACCUCCCCUCUCAAAUCGAUCUCCAGCCUGCCCAAACGAACUAAGAGAACACUCCCAAACAGCAAUCCCUCACUCGAAGCUGAUCAUGGCUUGAAUCCCAAGGAGGACCCAACCGAUCUCGGAACGGCCCUAGUCUCCCUAACGAAAAACGAACUGAUCAGCUUGUUACAUGGACUGAUCCAACAGAAACCUGAACUCAAACCGAUGAUCAAGAGCUUAUUACCACCGCCAUCCUUAGAAUCCAUCCUCCUCAAACUAGACGAGGUCGAGAAACAAUUAGUUGAAUCGAUUCCCAACAAGCGGAUGAACCGGGAGGAGUAUAUCUGGAACCGAGUGCGAGUGCCAUUGAAUAGCUAUGUGAACGACUGUCUGAGCUGUUUGGAACUCGCGGCGCAGACGAUCGAGAAUCGAUGCGGCUCACGAGCAGAGGGGAAGCCCGAGUUAUCGGUGAUCUAUGGAGCGGUCUCAGACCAAUUGAGUCUGCUCAGCCAUCUCAGCCUCUCGAUCUCCAAAAUCGAAUCCCUCCUCCCCAGUCUGUCCACCCAACCCUCGAAUCAGAACGACCAUCAGGACCUCAACUGGAACGUCUCCUACCCAUUCCAAUCGAUCCUCAUCCCAUCCCUCUUCCAGAACUGGAAGAACUUCAUCGAAUCUAUCCAUAAAUUGAUCUUCAUCGACCGGAUGAUCAUCUCCGAGUCCUUGAUCCGAAAAUGGUUCUCACUCCUCGAUGGACUUUCCUCCCCACAUCCUAUCUCCACCACCACUACCACCACCUCAUCAUCGUCGUCAUCAUCAACUAACCACCAGCUCGACUCACACCAAUCUAUCUUCGGAACUCAUCCUCACCCUCAAAAUACCGACCAGCACGAUAAUCAUACCGUCCAAAGACUCAUGAUUGCCGUCAGAGAUGAGGCUCUUAAUCGGUUCGGCGUUCUCGUUGGAUUGAAAAGAUAA